CGUCAUGCAGUCUACUAGGCAGGCGGAGCGGGUCGGUAGACUCGGCGUCCGAAGCGGUGGGUGGGGGGUGAGUGGGGGCGGAGCCUUUGCUGGCGGUCGGAGGCUGUGGCUGCGAAUUUGGAGCAGGAUGUUGGAGCGUCAGCGAAAUUCUCUAAAUGUGGAAAGCAGUAUUUCUUCCUGGGACCUGAGCUAAAGCAUCUAUCAUGGGCCAGCAACUCUCAAGCCAAACGCAGACAGUUAUAAAUAAGCUGCCAGAAAAAGUUGUCAAGCAUGUCUCUCUUGUUCGAGAAAGUGGUUUCUUGACAUAUGAAGAAUUUUUGGGAAGAGUGGCUGAACUUAAUGAUACAACUGCACAAUUAGCUUCUGGCCAGAAUAAGCACCUGUUAUUUGAAGUGCAGCCAGGGUCUGAUGCUACGGCUUUAUGGAAGGUGGCUGUUCGGAUAGUUUGCACUAAAAUAAACAAGACAAGUGGGAAUGUGGAAGCUUCAAGAAUUAUGAACUUGUAUCAGUUCAUUCAACUUUAUAAAGAUAUUACAAGUCAAGCAUCACAGGUUCUUUCACAGAACGCUCCCUCAGAAGGAAUAGCAGAAGAUCUGUCAUCUGUUGAAUCUUGUCAGGCUAGCCUUUGGAUGGGAAGGGUGAAACAGCUUACUGAUGAGGAAGAAUGUUGCAUUUGUAUGGAUGGACGUGCUGAUCUGAUCUUGCCAUGUGCCCACAGCUUUUGUCAGAAAUGCAUUGAUAAAUGGAGUGGUCGUCACAGGAAUUGCCCUGUAUGCCGCCUACAAGUGACCGCUGCAAAUGAUUCUUGGGUUGUAUCUGAUGCACCUACGGAGGAAGAUAUUGCCACUUACAUACUCAACUUGGUGGAUGAGGCAGGCCAGCCCCAUAUACCCUGAUAUUAGUCUUAACAUUCAUAGUCUUAACAUCUCCCAAGAUAUCGUUCUCAUUACUUUUCAUUUCUUUAUUCAUUACAUUGGUUUCUAGAAGCUAAAUCAUUACUUUUUAAUAACGACUAGUUCUGGGGAAGCCUACCUGUAAUUAUUACUUUCCUUAAUUACUCUGAUAACAUUUACGGUCAAUACACUAUGAAUUUUCUGAUAUUAUGAGGUACUGCAGUAGGAAAUACUUUAGUUCUAGUAAAGCUGUUAUGUGUUCGUUAAAAGUUGACUUCAUUGUCUCAGUUGAAGAAGGUGGGUGGUUCGCAUGUCCUGUUGUCCAACACUGUCUAUAAACAAUGUUCUAAUGCUUAAAUGGGAAUCAAAAUGGCUAGAGUCCUUGAACUUAGUAGCUUCUGUCCUCUGUCCUAUGAAAUGUUGCAACUCUUAUUGUUGACAUGCGUUUGAUUAAAUCAGUAAUUGGUAUGUUCUAUUCCUUUUAUGGAAUCUUUUAUGAGAGCAGAUUUUUUUUAUAAAUGAUUGACUUUUUCAUUUCUACUUAAAGAUAAUUUUCUAAAUCAGUAUUUAUUGCUUAAAGUUUGUCUAUGCAGUGUCAUGGAUGGACCCAGCAAAGUUUCUUCCACUUACUUCUCUAUCAGUAGAAGGCUUCUAAUGUAGCAGACAGCAAUCUCUAUUCUCUUUUUCCCAUCUCUUCAUUUCCUACAUGCCUUGAACAGCUGUCCCUGGGCUAGAAACUCUCCAAAACAGUGAAUCUCUGAAGCAUAGUGCGGAUAGUAAAAAAUCUUCUGUAUUCUGUUCUGUUUCUUUGCAAGUGCUUCAUCUUAAUUACAUGUUAAUUACAAAAUCUGGCUGAAACGUGUUUAUUAUUUAUUUAGUGUUGUUUAGCUUAGCCCUUCUAUUUACCAGUUUGUAAAAUGUGCUAUUGCUAUGAAAUGAGGCAGUAAAGCACAGAGAUUUCUUUUCCUGUAGGUGCAAUAUGAAGCAAAAAAGGAAACUUUUUUUUUUGGUGAUCACUUUGCUUUAAUGUAGUAUGCAUGUUGUAAUCGAGUAUUGGUGUGAGGUAUGACAAAUGUGUCCUGAAUUGUUACCUUACCAGGUGACAAUAAUAGAUGCCAGAAAUCCACCAUUUUCCAAUCCACAAAAUUGGUACUGAGUGAUUUUUACAAAUUUAUUUCAAAUGGCAGCUUAAAAUGGUUCUAAGCCCCCAAAAUUAAGUCCCUAGGCAGAUUGGGCCAACACAAAUCCCCAAAUUGAUGUGGUACUGAUGUUGGAUUUUAUAUUUUUCACAACUGCUAUUAUUAUAAUUAUUAUUCAUAGAAUGGAUUUGGCACCACACAAGGAAAUAUGGGUUAAUAGUUAAAUAUCAUGAAGGAUUUAUGGCCUUAUUUGGAAUUGUCUGGUAAAUAUGUAUAAUAAAAUUGUUUUCUACUGUUGCUGAAAUGUUGCACAUAAAUAUAGGUUAAACUAAUUAAAUUGCAAACCUACACUAUUCGCUAAAAGAUUUCUAUAAAUCACAUCUAAGUAUUGAACCUUACCAGAAUAUGGAAACAUGUUUUUGAGAGAUUAUCAAAUUCUGCUUAAAUUAGUAAAAUUGAGUAGAAAUUAGUGCUUUUCCUCUUUUUUUAAUCUGAUGUGCUAAAGUGAAGGUUUGAAGAGCAACUCUGAUUACUUAAUUAAGAAAGUUUGAUAUAGAGAAAUUCAGAUAUUGCAAGUAUUAUUUCUGACAAUUGAUUUUAAGUGGGCUUUAAAAUUCAGAGUAAACAAAACAUACUUUGUUUUUGUUUUGAUGUGUUUUUCACUAGUUAUAAAACAGAUCAUGGAUUUGAUUUUCCCCACACACACCCUAGAUAUAUUUGGACUUGCAGUGCUGUGAUUAAAGUGCCCAAUACUUUAUACUAACAUGGUAGAAACAAUAACUCAUCCUUUUUUCCCUUCAUAUAAGGUUUGAUUGACAGCACAAAUAUUUGAAAUGUAAGCAGUAGAUCAUUAACUCCUGACUUUGCUUUUCUUUUUUUUUCCUGUCAUGAGAAUAAGAACUGUAUACCAAAUCUUGAGAGAUGGAAGCUUUAAAAUAUGCAGUCCACAGAGGGGACAUGACAUUAUAGGUUCGGUAAUUUCACAGUUGUAAAUAUGUGUAAAGUGAAAAUGUGAAUUAUAUAGUGUUUUAAAUAUACACAUUAGUACAAGCGUUACAAUGUGUAAUAUAUAUAUAUAUAUAUUGAUCCAUAGUAAAUAUAUAUGUAAAACACACACAUACACACAAGCACACACAUACACACACACGGUGUUUUACAGAUUAACUAUGGAUCAUUUGCUGUCUUCCUUUUCUCUGUUUCCAUUGUGUUGUGAACUAUGCCUCUUACUAAAGGACUUUUAGUCUAGACUGAAGAUUAUAGAACAAGCUGUAACACUCAAAGACAUGGAAGAGGAGAUUUACAAGUUGCUUACCAUGCCUUUUGACACAUACCCUACCACAAUAAGCAUAUGACAAACUAGAAGCCUAUCAUAAGAAAUAAAUGUGUUACAUUGUGUAAAACUGCAGCCCAGUUGAGUUAUUCUUCUAGCAUUGAAUCUGAUGAAGAAUGACAAAUUUAAAAAAAGUUUUUAAAAGACAUGUUCAAGAGAUGAUUUACUGUUAAGAGAAAAUGCAUUCCUUAGUUCUUUUGUGUGGAUGUGAACUUUUCUUAGUGGUUUUAUAUAAGACUGUUAAUAACUAAGCAAUUUAAUGUAUUAUGAGUUUUGAGCAAUAAACAUUUGGAUUAUUUAUCUUUG